AGAAGUCUUGAGACGGCGUCAGGUCGUGCGUGCCCAGACCCAUAUGGUCGUCGUUUUCCAAACAUUUCCAAACGUGAUGUUUGGUGUCGUCUAAAGGACCACUAACGUGAUUUAUUUAUGAACGUUUUUGCGAAUGCAAAUACGAUCAACGUGUAAACAAUGCAAAUUGUAGUGAUAAAUCUUGAUUGCGGUGGUAUCGCAUUAUGUGGAAAGUGUGGGAAGGCAUGUGUUGGGAUUAUAGUCAGUUGUGAGUGGUGUGUUGUUUAAUUUUAACCCAGAUUGGGAUGCAAGACUUUGAUCUUGUUAAUAGUUCAUUUCGAAAGUACAAUUCAAUUUUAUGGAUGGGGGAAGUACAAGGAAGAGUUGGGGGAAACCGGGAGACUAAUUAAAUUAAUUUGGCAUUCCCAUCAUCGAGAAAAAUGAAGUAACAAAUCGAAAGUUUUUGCAUUUUCAAUAAUGAAACUCGAAAACAUGGACGCAACUUCGAGUAGUGAUUCCGAGUGCAUCACUCCGGAUGUAAAUUUGAUGAGUGACGAAUUGAAUUUUUCCCCUAUUUCCAAAGAAGCGAGAGAAAGUGGGGACGGAGACAGCGGUGCAGAAUCGAAAGAAAAUCCCGAUUUAGCCAACACCGAAGACACAACGAAGAAACUAAAGGACAAGCGAGUAUCAAAGAUACCCGUCAGGCGGAAAUCAGGUGGUAUCGAGCUUAAAAUCGAAGAUUCAGAGACCAGCUGGGAUUUGUCCGACGCAGAUGGAAUACCAACAAGGGAGGGAUUUAUUUCGCAGUCUUGUGCCGAUCUGGAGGUGGCCCCCAUCCUGGAAGCACCUGAGGAAUUUCGGUGCGAGGAAGCCGAGCCGGAAGAGGGCCACCGCGAGCCAUCCUCCCGUGACGGCGAUAAUGCAUGUUUGGCGGAAACCGGCGAUACGAGCUGUCGGGCAGAGGUCGAAGGAAUUCGGUCCGAGGAGUCCCCCAAUCAGUGUUGUAACAAUGCAGUCGUGGGCAGCGCCGCGCCUGGUGACACACCGCGAGUGUAUGCCAGUGCCGAGGCAAUGAAUGAACCUCCCGUCGAGGCCGCAGCGGAGCAGUCGCCGACGACGGGCCCAUCGAUCGCAAUCGGCGUCGCAAAAUGCGCACAGGCGUCGGGGUGCAGUCGCGUUUCGACCGCCAAGGUCUGCGUCGCCGAGCCUCCUAAUCCCAUCAUCUGUGCCUCAAACACAAAUGACGAAAGUGAAACCCAGCAGUGCAAACACCUGAGUUGGAAAUUCGAGAACGGGCGACUCGUCUUCGAGGAGAAUGGGCCGGGGGAGUCAGCUGAUAGCGACAACGACGAAGUAACGCUGCUCAGCAGCAAAGACCUCAACAGGCGGGUAGACGAGGGCAGGUCCCGACUCAAGUACCUGGAGCAGAAGCUGAAGGAGGCGGGCAUCACCGAUGGGCCUUUAGAACAGGUGGUCGAUAAAUCCCCUGAUUACGACGCUAAUCAGAACAUCGUCAAGUGCGAGUUCGACGUGCGCCAGGUGGGUUCCUUCUCUCCAAUCACCCAUUGGGAGGUGUAUGAUGAGCUUAAGGAAGUGACCGACGACACCAUGGGCAUCGACGGCGAGCGCGCCAAGCACAACCCCGACCGCGACAACCUCAAAUCGCUCUUGAAGAGGCCUGGAAAGAACAAGGAUAAACGCAGUAAUCGGGUUGUGUUUAAUGAGAACAAGAACGAGUUUUUCGAUGCCGACUACAUCAUCCUCAUCCGGGAGGAGUGCGACUACGACGAAGAGGAUGACGAUGGUGUCUGCACCUGUAAUCAGCAUGAAAUGGUGCGGUUGACGUGCUGUGAACCCAAUUGUAACUGUAAUGUGUACGAUGGUUACGAGCAAACACCUCAAAGUCCUAAGUUUGCACCGCCGUUGGAGUUUGUCGAUGCGGUCACUCUUAGUCCUCCGGAGGGAUACAAGGAUAUGGAGUUGGAGGAGCAGCAGCUGUUGGCCUUGCAGCAGAUGGCGAGAAGAGGACAAAGGACGGCCGUUUGCAGGGAGUGUAGUGGCGCUCAUGAUGACGACGAGGACGGUGACGGUUCUCAAUCUGAUAACGAAGCUUGCGGCGAAGCAAAUUCCGAUCACGAAGAACAAGAGGAGAAGGAAAAGACUGACCAAAGCCAACAAACUACACCCACAACCCCGCCGAAUGAUUCCGAUAGUCCGAAUAGUCAACGAUAUAUCCUUGAAACUAUAACCAUGACAUCUGUGACCGAACAACGUAUUCUUCGGGAAGUCGAAGAGGAGAGAAAAACUCCGCCUAUAAAUAAUGCUGUCGCGGGGGGGUCCCCCAUCAAUGGGAUACUCAAAGGAGGCAAGCUUUGGAAGCAACAGAGUAUUGAAGCGAGUGUGGUCAAACCUCCGGAACCACAGCAGCUAAUUGAUUCAAACGUGGCUUCUGAUGAAGAGGGUGGUGGCCGUCGUUCGGUUCGUUUUAUAGAAUCGGAGCAGAACAAGCGUGACAGUUGUGACGGAGCCCCCGAUAAUUCGGUGGAAGAAAAUAUCAAGACGGAGAGCAGUAACAACCAAACAAAACAGAGCAGUGGCGAAAAUUGCAGCAGCUCGAUAUCGCCCGAAUCGACCGAAAUGAUGUUGACUUUUAAAUUGGGCAAUCACGUCCUAAUUUCGAACAACAGUUUGAAACCGAACUCGGCGGUGCGUCAGCUCUUCCCUUGCACUAAACAGUUGAAUGGCAAAGCGGAAGACGAAUCUAUACAUCAGUAUCUGGUAACUGCCGAGUCGUUGCGAGCAUUUGAAGAAGCCAAGCGUUCGAAACUACCACAAAUCAUUCAAAGUGGGGAAACUGAUGAGUCUAUUAAACGAGCUAUUGAACGUAACACCCUCAGAAGGUCCCUGAUACGCUACGAACCGAGGAGCAAAAAGAACGUGCAAAAGACUGACAACUCUCUCGUUGAGAGAAUUAAACAAUUAACUUGUGAUGUGGACGAUAUUAAUCAGACGGAGGAAAUAACGCUCCGUGCAAGUCCUCCGGGAGAAGAGACGAAACAUUCGCCAGAAGUCAAUCCACCUAAAAACACGGAUAAAAGUUUCUCGCCGUCCUCGUCAUCGACGGCCAGUUCUAACUCAUCCUCGAUGUCUUCCACUUAUAAAAAAAUUACUGAUUUGUUCGGGAAACGAGACAAGAUCCCUGACAGCAACCCAACGAAUGAACUAAAAGUCACACCUUCGUUGCCAGACCUGGGGAACGGGAGCUCACACAUACAUGAAAUUGCAGAAGCAAACCAUGUGGUCGUUUCCAAAGUUAAUUCAACAAAUGACUCGAGAAAACAGUUUCUUUCGACACUUGCACCACUCACGGCUUGUGUUGGUGGAUUAGGGAAUGGUGAAGAGUAUUACUACCAAAUGAAUAAUCAUGUAGGGGAAAGAGCUUCAGUUGCCAGUUCGGUAGGGACUGAAUACAGUUUAGAAGAUAUAGAUGAAGGUUUGAAGACUACUGAGGAAGAAUCGAAGAAGAUUGCUCCAGACGUGUUAGCUGGAACGCCUUCAGCGUCGGAAUCUGGUGAUGAAUUAGCAAUGUUUGUUCAACAGGAUGCUAGUCGAAUCGAACGAAUUAAGAAGAAGUAUCAGCCUGAGCAGUCAAACAAGGACGACGAGGACGACGAGCACGACGACUACGGCUUCAACCGGCGUCCCAGCGUCCGCGGAAUCAAACCCCGCUUUGGCUCAACGACUGAAAUCCUGCAACAGAUUCAAAACCAGCUUCAACCCCCAGCAGCAACUGCCCGAGUCGCUUGGCCAUACUACUCUGAAAGUGGUUUGACGGUCGACAACUCAAAAUCGCGUAACAUGAACCAAAACAUGCCAAACUAUCAAUACCCCAACGUACCUGAAGAAGUGAAAACUCGCAACAUCCCGCCACAGUACCGCCCCACGUCCCUCCAAGACGAAAACAUCUACCAAAACUGUGCGAAUCAAAGAUGCAUCCGAGAAGUCUAUCGAGCAAACGGCAAUCAAACAUAUUCCUCGUUCGUCAAAGUUGGGGGCUGCACCGAGUACUACCAAUCGUUCCCUCGGACGCGAAACGGCCGCCCCCAAUCGCCUCCACCCCUCGAACUCUCCAAAGCCUACCACCAAACCAUGGUUUACAUCCCUUACAACCACAUCGAGGGCUACCACAGCCCCUACUACCAAUCAAACGACUACGCGAGAGUCUCGAAUCAAAACCAGAUCAAUAAGAGGUACAUCGAACCCAUUUACCAGCAGCGGAUUCACGAGGAGCCCCACUACAACAUGCUCCCUAUGAAACCCAUCAUCCGGCCCCAUUUAAUGCCCCGGAGUGAGUCCCCCGUCCCCCAAUUCUCCACCGCCCGUUCUACACAAACCCCUCUCGCCACAGCCUCCUACUAUGGGACCCGCUACCGUCCCAUGGUGGGGCCGUGGCCGACUGAUUGCAAUUACGUGAAAGCGAAUAGACAUAGUUUUCCCUCGGCUGUGCCUCGGUAUCCCCCAGCUGACAGCGUGUCAACCGACAGUGAUAGUCAACACAGUCAAAUCAACGGGUUGGGGUACCCCCAGAAGGACUCUCUUCCGAAUUCCCCCACGAAGCCGCGCUUCCAUGAACGGGGGGUUCCAGAGGGAGCAGCAGCAAACGUCCUCUCGCAGGACGCCACCUCGCAGAGCUCCAGCAGCACCAUGACGUCGCCCACGUCGCCGCAGAACCCGCCGCCGCCGUCACAGAAACCAAUGUUCUAUGCGAUGAAUGUUUGACCUGAUGAAUAGUUGCACGUUAGAGUCAACAUUUGUUUCGUGAAAUCGAACGGGAAUUGAAGAGGAGCGAGAAGGCUGGAAUCCGCUUUAAAAGAAAGCAUUAUCGACAUAAAGAAGACUUUUAACGUAGGUUAUAAUAACCAUAAAGGCAGAAUAUUUACAGUAUUCCAAACUAUGUGUAGGUAUGUUGUUUAAAUGUCACAGUAACGAAUCGUUCAAUAAUUGUAGCAAAGGGUUCGUGUUAUUCAAUAUUGAUACUAAAUUAUGCGUAGGUAGUUUGCAUAUUUGAGGAAAAUUACGUUCGACGUGUUGCUACAAUUUUUCAAUCUAGAUUUGUUAUGUUUCAUUUAGAUCGAUUCAGUAUUGAUAGAUUAACAACUAAACUAAAGGUUGUUAAAAAAUAGAAAUUGUAUGUUUUUUUAAUGUUAUAUCAAAUGUAUAGAUUAGUAGUCAUUGUUGCCAAAAAUGAGAUUCCAUUACCAAAGUAUUAUAGGUACCUAGAUAAGUGUUAUUGACCAAAUAAUUGAUAUAUUUUAACUCAUGCUUUCAAAAGGCGCUUUGUCCAGUUUUUAGUUAGACUUACCUCGAUAACGUGUGAUUCAAAAUUGACAAAGUUGCUUUCAACUAUUUGAAAGUAUUGUAGCUUUAAUGUAUUGAUUAAAAUAUUUAUUAUAAAAUUGUUUACUAAACUACUUUUAAUAAAAAGGAAAUUAAAAUAUUUAUUUAUUAAUGAAAAAAGUGAGAUAAAUAUUAGAACGGUCUAAUAUUUUGUAAUUUAUUAGAUAUUCUAUGUACAAAAUGAUCUUUUAAAUUAAAUAUUGCUCAGAAACAUAAAUAUACACUGAACGGUUGGAAUUGGUUUUUGUAAAAUGAAAACGUUGAAGAUAAUAUAUUAUUUUGUUAAUGUUUUUAUGUUGUAUUGAUUUUCUAAUAUUUUAUAUCAGCAUUGUUUAUAACAAUUGAUCUUAUAAUUGCUCGUCAACUGACAUGUGUAUGAAAUUAUGAAUAAAUCUUACUACUACAAGGGCUGUUAUACCCCA